UUCACUUCUCACUCCAGCUCCAAUCCCUGCAACCGGCGUCGCCACCGUCGCGCACUCCCUCCGCCGCCGUCUCACGAAGCGAUGCCGCCGUUAAGACCGCCGCAGCUCCGGUCCAUCCUCCUCCUCCGCCGCCUCUCUUCUUCUCCUCCUCAUCCCUCCGUCUCCCAAUGUCGCCGCCUCCUCCUCCCCUACUCGCCGCCCUCAUUUCCUCCCCGCGUCGCGCCGGCCUACUCUGCCCGGCUCCCUCGCCUCUCCGAUUUCUCGCCGCUGCGCCGGAGCUUCUCGUCCGCCGCCGCGGACGCCGUCGACCCAAGCGGAGGUCGGGAUCGGGAUCGCGAUGAGGUCGCUCGGUCUAUCUCCGCGGAGCUCACGGCGGAGGCGGCGGUGGAGGCGGACGCGGAGGGGGACGCGCUCUCCGUCGUCCAGCGCCUCGCGCUCAACUUCUCUCACGUGACGCCGGACCCUGGCCUGAUCCUGUCGACGCUCAAUCUGUCUCCGGAUGCCGGCCGCGCGGUGCUGGGGUUUUACCAGUGGCUGGCUCAAAACCCUGAUUUUGCCCACACGGAUGAGACGCUGUCGAUGUUCGUGGAUUACUUAGGGCGGCGCAAGGAUUUCAAGGCGAUCGACGAGUUAAUGAGCGAUGCCAAGGAUGUAGCGAGUUCUAAAACCCUGGAAUCUGUUAUCGAUAGGUUGGUUCGGGCAGGGCGGCCUGUGCAAGCAGUCGAGUUCUUUGAGAGGAUGGAGAGGGAUUAUGGGCUCAAACGCGACAAGGAAUCGAUGAAAAUGGUGGUGGAGAAGCUUUGCGAAAAGGGUUAUGCCACUUGUGCGGAGAAGAUGGUUAAGAAUUUGGCUCAUGAAUUUUUCCCAGAUGAGCAUGUUUGUGAUAUGCUGAUUAAGGGGUGGUGCGUCGCUGGAAAGUUGGACGAGGCCAAUAGGUUGGCAAGAGAGAUGUACAGGGGAGGCUUUGAGAUUGGUACAGCAGGUUAUAAUGCUCUUCUCGAUUGUGUUUGUAAGCUCUGUCGUAAAAAGGACCCGUUUCAGCUUAAUUCGGAGGCUGAGCAAAUUUUGGUCGAUAUGGAUUAUUAUGGGGUUCCAAGAAAUGUUGAGACUUUCAAUGUGUUGAUUGGGAAUUUGUGUAAAAUUAGGAAAACAGAGGAUGCGAUGAAGUUGUUCCAUAGAAUGGGAGAAUGGGGCUGUUAUCCUAACGAAGAGACGUUCCUUGUGUUAACUAGGAGCUUGUAUCAGGCAGCAAGAGUGGGAGAGGGAGAUGAGAUGAUUGACAGGAUGAAAUCUGCAGGGUACGCCUUGGAUAGAAAGGCAUACUAUGGUUUUCUGAAGAUUUUAUGUGGGAUUGAGAGGAUUGAUCAUGCUUUGACUGUUUUUAAAAAGAUGAAGGCUGAUGGCUGUGAGCCGGGUAUUAAGACAUAUGACUUAUUGAUGGGAAAAUCGUGUGCCCAUAAUCGUCUUGACAAAGCGAAUGCACUCUUCAACGAAGCUUUGAGGAGAGGAGUGCCAGUGGAACCUAAGGCCUAUAGAUUAGAUCCCAGAUUUAUGAAGAAGCCCAAGGCUGAGAAGAAAGAGAAGAAGCGUGAGACGUUGCCGGAGAAAAUGGCUAGAAAAAGAAGACGUCUUAAGCAGAUUCGUCUAAGUUUCGUUAAGAAGCCAAAACGAAUGAUGCGAGGAUACUGAUCCACUUGAAGCCUUGUGCCCCACAAAAUUGGAUGGAAGUGUGGCAAGGCAACUUGAGGUUCUUUCUUGUACUACACAUUUAAUCCUCUGGAUUCAAAGAUUGCUGCUGCCUUGGUGUUCAAUGGGGGAAGGAUUGAAACUUUAGUUGCUAUAGGGCUCUGGAGGUUGGGUUGUAAGGGUUUGCUGGAUCAUGUCGAUCUUCUAUUUGAAUUUACAAUGGCAAUAGUGGAAAGAGUGAGAGUAGUCUUAUAGCUGCCAAUUUUGCUUCUGGGUUUUGCUUUCCAUUAGCGAAUUCAAUUUUCUAGGUUAUGUAAUGCAUGUCAAAUAAAUCUGCUGUUCACUAAACAAAUGCCGGCAUUUUUCUCAAUGAGAACACGGGCUUAUACUGAACAGGGAACAGUAUCGCAUGUGGCGGAAGUCCUCUUUCUCUGCUUGUUAUUUAUGUUUGGCUUGAAGCUACUAUGAUCCUUGCUAGUGAUGA